CGGUUUAAACACAUACGUGUGGGAUCAUUACAAGCGUUCGGUACCGAUGUCUACGUACUUGGUAGCCUUCGUAGUUUCUGAUUUUGAUGUACGGGAAUCAGAAAAUAGAAACUUUAGAGUUUGGGCGCGUCACAAUGCCAUUGAUCAAGCACAAUAUAGCUUGAAUAUUGGACCGAAAGUACUCAGAUACUUCGAGGACUAUUUCAAAAUCAAAUUCCCUUUACCGAAGAUGGAUAUGGUCGCGCUACCUGAUUUCGCCGCCGGCGCCAUGGAAAAUUGGGGAUUGUUAACAUUUAGAGAGACAAAGAUGUUGUAUCAGGAAGGCAUGUCGACCAGUGCUAGCAAGCAGCGUGUAGCUAUCACUGUAUCACAUGAGAUCAGUCAUCAAUGGUUUGGAGACUUAGUGACUCCAAGUUGGUGGACGGAUAUUUGGUUGAAUGAGGGUUUCGCCACUUAUAUGGAAUAUAUCGGCGUGAAUGCACUGGAACCGACGUGGAGAAUGCUGGAUCAAUUCGUCGUUGACGAACUUCAAGAUGUAUUUAGUUUAGACGCUUUGAAAUCUUCCCACCCCAUAUCCAUUGAAAUCGGUCAUCCGGAUGAAAUUAAUGAAAUCUUUGAUAGGAUUUCUUAUGGAAAAGGUGCUACCAUAAUAAGAAUGAUGGCGCAUUUUCUCACAAUAAAUGUUUUCGAGAAGGGUCUGACUAAUUAUUUGAAUGAAAAAGCUUAUCAAAAUGCUGAGCAAAAUGAUUUGUGGUACGCUCUGACCAAACAAGCUCACAAAGAUAAGGUACUUCAUCCAAACGUAACUGUUAAAGAAAUAAUGGAUACUUGGACAUUGCAAACCGGCUUUCCUGUAGUUACUGUCUCACGAACCUACAACGACAGUAUUAUUAUGCUGACACAGGAACGUUUUCUGCUUGACAAUAACGACACAACGAUCACAUCUGAAUCAUUAUGGUGGAUACCUAUUACUUAUACAUGGGAAAAGCAAUUAAACUUUAAUAACACUCAACCUACGGAAUGGCUAAAAGCGGAACGCUCGAUUAUCCUUAACGAUUUCCGUGUAAGCCCAUUUGAAUGGAUAAUAUUCAAUGUGCAAGAAACUGCGUACUAUAGAGUGAAUUAUGACAGAACAAACUGGCAAAUGAUAAUUAGACAAUUGAAACAAAAUUUAACACGUAUUUCGGCGAAUAACCGAGCGCAAUUGAUCGACGACGCUCUUAACUUGGCUAGAGCUGGCAAGCUCGACUACAAUAUCGCUUUCGAUGUUAUAUCUUAUUUGGUCCGCGAAAUCGAGUAUUUUCCUUGGAGGGCAGCUUUCAGAGGCAUAGAUUUCUUAAAAGAUAUGUUAAUCAAAACACCAAGUCAUGACAAAUUCAGUUUGUUUGUAUUAAAACUACUCGAUAAUGUAUACAAGCAAGUCGGUUUCACUGACGAAAUAACAGAUUCUCAGCUGACAAUUUUGACACGAAUUGAUGUUCUAACUUGGGCAUGUAACUUCGACCAUGAGGAUUGUGUUACGAACGCCGUGCAACAAUUCAGGUAUUGGCGUAACAAUCCUGAUCCGGAUGUUAAUAAUCCAAUUUCGCCGAACUUGAGGAGCGUGGUUUAUUGCACGGCUGUUCGAGUGGGUGGACAAAGCGAAUGGGAAUUUAUUUGGCAGCGAUACCGAGGAACCAACGUAGGAUCGGAAAAGAAUCUACUCUUGAACGCAUUAGCCUGCACAAGGGAGAUAUGGCUGUUAAAUCAACUUUUAGAUUGGGCCUUUACGGAAAAUUCGGGAAUCAGGAAGCAAGAUGCCACCAUGGUUUUCCGAUUUAUAGCUAACAAUGUUGUCGGGCAGUCACUCACGUUUAAUUACUUUAGAGAUAAAUGGGAACAUCUCAAGAAAUAUCUUGGGACGUCAUCUUUCAAUGAAGUCGCAAAGGCAGCAACAAAAGGAAUAAGUACAAGAUACGAAUUGAAAGACCUGGUAGAGUUUGUAAAAGAACAUCUGGAUGAAUUUGGCUCAACGCGAACUAUACAACAAGCGAUAGAACGAGUGGAAUCCGACAUACGUUGGUUUGACAAGUAUUAUGGGAAGAUUUACAAUUGGUUACGGAAGAAUACCAUAUAAUGGUCGAUACCGAUUGAGAUAAUUAUUUGGUUCUUCUUUAGUGUCGAAUCGUGGGCCGAUGAUAAAAUUAAUAAUCCCUCCUUAAUUUUCGGGUCACAUUCCUGCGGAUAUCAAUCUAAGUUUGAAUAAUUUUACUGUACAUCCAUUGGAUAGCAAAGGAUCAGGAGAGAGAAUUUGUAUUUGAAAUAAUAAUAUCUUUUUUUUUUUAAGAAAAGAGCACCAAAUAUCCGCGACCGUCAAAAUAGCUAUUGUGAAACAAUGUUGUUUUAUUUUUGUUAUAAAAGUAGAUAUCAAAAGUGAUAUCAAAUAUUGCGCCAACAAAGCAUAAGUUUAUACACAUUAAAAAAUUUAUUUCAUUUAUCACACAA